AUGAAUAUGGAAAACGACUUGAAGGAAGAACUGAAUAGAAAGAUGAGAGCAGCAUGGGCAGCAUUCGCAGCCGUCAGGGAAGCUACGGACCAACUGAACGACCAGGACCUCCGUGCCCAUCUAUUCGACUCGACAGUUCUUCCAGCGCUCUGCUACGCAGCGGAAACGUGGGCAGACACCGCUGCGACGUCAAGGAAGCUACUUACUACCCAUACAGCCGUUGAGGGAUGUCUUCUGAAGUUUAACCGGCGCCCACAACACCUAGCCGGUCUUCGCAGCUCCAAUUUAAGAGAAAUGUCCCGUCUUCGGGAUCCAGCGGAAUAUUUAUCGAAAGCAAAGUAUAGAUGGGCGCGGUCACAUUAUUAG